AUGCCUUACCAGAAUAUAGAUUCUCACAUUUGGACUCAAGUCCAAAUCCAGAAAUAAACUAUUUCUUUGAAAAAGACUGUGAAUGCGUGAAACUAAGAGACUGUAAGACUAUGAUUACACUUGCAAUAAAAUCUCAAUCAUCUGAAAAAGUUUAUAUUUACGAUAAAAUACGAAAGGCUUCGUGUGGUUUUGAUGAUAAUCACCCACUCGUUUGUUGUCCAUCAUCCGACGAGAAUAACUAUUCCCCUCAUGAAUUCGAAGAAGAAGACGAAGAUGAAAAGCCCUGGAUAUGGGAUACCACCAAAUUAAACAACAAUAAAUAUUUCUUGGAAAAUAGCAAAAAAAAGAAAAUUAUUCCAAAAUUUAAUUACGGUUUCGAAGAAUUCCCGGGCUAUGAACAAAAUCUAGUGGAUUUUGAAGAUCCUCACACAAGAAAGAAUUGCCCCCCAUCUUUCGAGGAUGGAUUUGAGGACGAAAUCAACAUCAAUUCGAGAAGGAAGCAAUUUAAACCUAUUAUUGAUCCACAUGGUUAUGACAGUUUUGAUGCUCUCUACGGUUAUCCAGCUCCCAGUGGGUUUAAGUUUUCAAAACUAGAUCCAACAGUUGAGCCACCAGUAACGAAACGAAUCGAAAUUGAUUACAAAUCUAAGCAAUUGAACUCGGAGUACUGUGGACUCUCAGUGAACACACGAAUCGUUGGUGGAAAAGAUAGCGGACCUGGCCAAUUUCCAUGGAUAGCCCGAGUUGGAUAUAAAAACAAGACUUCUCAAAAAGUCAGCUACCGCUGUGCUGGAUCCCUCAUCAGCGACCGAUAUGUCAUAACUGCUGCCCAUUGUGUUACAAAUUUAAUCGAUUCUCUUGAAUUGUCUCACAUUCGAAUUGGAGAAGUGCGUGGUAAACGUAAAAUAGACUGCAGUAAAAAUCCAGUUUUGUGUCGAGUACAUCAGGAUUACGAAAUUGAACAGAUCAUUCCUCAUCCCAACUACGACUCACCAAAAUAUGCAAAUGACAUUGCCUUAAUUCGUAUUUCAAGGCCAGACGAAGGAGUUCCCCUCACACCCAUUUGCUUACCUUUUAACAAUCUUGCACUACGGGAUAUUGAACUUACGGGAAGUUUGGCAAUUGUUGCUGGCUGGAGUUCAAAUAUUGCAGGUACUCAUCAAUCAGAAUUACUUGUGAACAAAAAACCGUCUCUACAGUAUGUUCGGCUACCGAUUGUUAAUCGUAGCAAAUGUGCCUUGACCUAUGCCCAAUUUAGUGCAAAUUCUUGGACACCUAUUUUUAUUCAACCUUCACAGAUUUGUGUCCAGGGAAGAGAAAAUAUGGAUGCAUGUCAAGGUGAUAGUGGAGGUCCUUUAAUGGACGAUGGAUCUUCAGAUAACCGAUUUCGUUAUACACUUCUUGGUUUGGUUUCAUUUGGUCCAAGGACUUGUGGAGUAUCUAAUUUUCCUGGAGUAUACACACGAGUUGCAUCGUUUCUCGAUUGGAUAACUUCCAACAUUCAAUUAUAAUUAUUGUGAUUUUAUUUUUAUUUCAAUUUAAAUUAAUGUAAAUAUGCAUAAUAUGUAUUUAAAAAUAUUCCGAAUUUAUAAUUUUAAAUUUUAGUUAUAAGCAAAAAUGAUUUAAAAUUUUGUAAGUACAAAUUUAGUUUAAGUUUAAGUAAUUGUUUACUCAAUAUAGAAAUUAAUUAUUUUGUGAAAA